GCCUUGAACAUUUAACAUGACGGGAACAAGGCCGCCAAUUAUAUUAUUUUGCCGACCAUUAGCAUGGGUGUCACCGUUGACUCUUACAAGCCAGGUGAUGGUAAGACAUUCCCAAAGACAGGCCAGACGGUUAUUGUACAUUACACUGGUACCCUAACUGAUGGCAAGAAAUUUGACAGCUCUCGCGAUAGAAAAGAUCCUUUUAAAUUUGUCAUCGGUAAAGGGAAGGUUAUUAAAGGAUGGGAUGAAGGUGUCAGUCAGAUGAGCGUGGGCGAACGAGCUUACCUUACGUGUACACCGGAUUAUGCUUAUGGAGCUAAAGGUGUCCCAGGUGUAAUACCCCCAAAUGCAACCCUGAAAUUUGACGUGGAAUUGAUUAAUAUCGUUUAAUGAUUUCGAGUCAUUUCUGUUUCUUUGUUCAAACUAAUUGUCAAUAAAAUAUCCUCAGC